UCUUUCUUUUGCAAAUAUUGACGUAUCCUUAGAAUACGUUUGAAGUGCAAAUUUUGCAAGAUUGAUCGAGUAGCCUCAAGAAUGGAUGUUCAGAUUAUGAAAAAUAUUCUUAGCUCUGGUAAUAUGACGAUUGAGGCGUUAGAUGAACAUCAAAAUCCAGACUUUCCUCCGAUAAGAUACAAUGUAAUCCAUGAAUUAUCCAAAAUAUUAACAAAAUAUUUAUCGUACAAGGUAUCCCAGGAAGCUUACCAGCGAUAUUCCGUUAGACUCCACCUUAUAGAUACGUUGAGAGAUUGGAGUCAAAUAAAAGGAGGCAUAGAUGAUCUUCGCUUCUUUAAGGAUAACCAAAGAUCUUACAAUUUUUUAAUUCGCUUUUUAAAAAAGUAUCUCUCCGAAGAAAUUAUAGGCUAUUGCGACGAUGCGGAUGGUCUAGUUCAGUUGGCUGAAAUAUUAUUCAAUGCGUUAAUGCAGAAAAGAUCCUUGACGAAAUGUUUCACAAGGGUUAUGGAGAGAAUUAUAAAAUUAGAUGAAACUGAGAAAAGCCAAAAGUUUUUACGGUAUAUUAUUAGCAAAAGCGAUGAGUUUAAAUUGGAUUCGGCUCUUAUAAACAAUAUAUAUUUGAAUAAAAAAUUACAAUUUAUCGAAAAGCCAUUGGGAGAUUCUUUUAUGGCUUAUUGUUCCGAUAGAAAUAAAGAGCAUUUGUUAAGUAAUAUGGACUCGUUGUUUGAAUACGUUAUCGAUAGUCCGCAGCUUUUUCAAACCGUUUCAGGCAAAUUGAAAGAAUUUUUCAUCGAAACCAAGUAUUCAGAGGUAGCUCGGGACUUUAUACAAUGCGUUUUAGAUAAAAUUGAAAUCAAUUGUGCGAAAAACAAGAAAGACUUAUUGGAUCUUUAUCCAACGCAUUUGCAAUUCUGCGUCAUACUAUUAAGAAUAAAACAACAUGUUCAUAGGGAGAAUUCUAGAAUACAAACUGUCGAGUCGCUAAAAGAAAUUUUCUUAAACGAUCACGACGAUGCAAUAACUUUAGUGUCACAUUUCCCGGAAUGGUUGCCAGACUAUUUGGCAUUCUUUGAAGCAUGAUGUUCUCGUGGAAAAGCCAGGCAUUAUAAUUAGGAAUGAAAACAAGAGAGA